AAAGAGGGAGGAGUGUUCUCUGGAGACACAGAUCAUCCCAGAGUGAAGCUUAUCUUCUGAGUCUCCCAAACUCAACACAUUCACACCAUGAAGCUGGCUGUCCUGCUCUGUGUAUCUGUUCUUCUUUGCUGGUCUGCUUUCACAGCAGCCGAUGAUCCUUAUGAGCCUAACUGUGCUCGGUAUGCAAACUCAAUAUGCACCCGCGAAUUUGAGCCAGUGUGUGGUGACAAUGGCCAAACAUACCCAACUGAGUGUGUGCUCUGUCAGGAAAACACCAUCGACCAGCAGAUCAAGGUGGCAUAUAAGGGAGAAUGUGGCCAUGUGUGAGCCUAUCACUCAUCGGAGCUGCAUCAUAUAAAAUGGCUGUGCUACAGUGUCAAAAAUCUUUAUCUAUACUCAUGGAAGCUAUUGCCAUCAAGUCUUUUGACAAUAAGAUUUAAUGAAAUUUGUGAUUUCAAGUUAAAUCAAAUUAAAGCCAAGCAUAUUAUUUCCCUUGUUUUUUUUUGUCCUGUUGUACAAAUCAAAAGAAAUUCAGAAACUUUGAGAGUUAAUAUAUAAUGUAUGUAGCAUGAGCCUGCAUGUAGAAUAAAGAUGUUUUGGGCUGUGAA